AUGGCGAAGAAUGACGCUAUAAUUCAAAGCCAGGCAGUAUCUCUUCGGAAUCUCGAAAUUCAAUUGGGGAAAUUGGCCAAUGAUUUGAAGAAUAGACCACAAGGCACUUUGCCUAGUGACACCGAAAACCCAAGAAGAGAUGGCAAAGAGCAUUGCAAAGCGGUAACCUUGAGAAGUGAAAAAAUUCUUGAGUUAAAUGUGGCUGCAACAAGCAAAAAGUCUUUGCAAAAGCCACCUCCACCAUUUCCUCAACGCUUCAAGAAGCAACAAGACAAUGAUCAAUUCCGGAGAUUUCUUGAUGUUCUAAAGCAACUCUACAUCAAUAUACCAUUAGUGGAAGCUUUGGAGCAAAUGCCAACCUAUGUGAAGUUUUUGAAGGAUAUUUUGACAAAGAAAAUAAGGCUUGGCGAGUUUGAAACUGUCGCUUUCACGGAGGGUUGUAGUGCUAUGUUGAAGAGCGAAAUUCCACCUAAAUUGAAGGAUCCGGGCAGCUUUUCAAUUCCAAUUUCUAUUGGGGGUCGAGAUGUUGGAAGAGCUCUUUGUGAUUUGGGAGCUAGUAUUAAUCUCAUGCCUGUGUCUAUUUUUAGAAAGUUGGGAAUCGGAGAAGCAAGGCCAACCACCAUCACUUUACAAUUAGCGGAUUGUUCCAUGGCUCAUCCAGAUGGGAAAAUUGAAGAUGUGUUCGUACAAGUGGAUAAGUUCAUUUUUCAAGCCGAUUUCAAUAUUCUUGACUAUGAGGAAGAUAGGGAAGUUCCAAUCAUUUUAGGGAAGCCAUUUCUAGCUACGGGAAGGACUUUAAUAGAUGUUGAAAAAGGAGAGCUCACCAUGAGAGCUCAAGAUGAGCAAGCCACAUUCAAGGUUUUCCAUCCUAUGCAUGCUCCGGAUGCAAUAGGAGAAUGCUUAGCAAUUGGAGAUAUGGAUCCUAACAUGGUUGAGGAGUCCAAAUUCAAAAAUAGUAAGAAAGUGAGAAAGAAGAUUCCCCUUAAAGAAAUUGCAAACGAUCAUGAGUCGCGAGAAAGAAAAGACAAAACAUCAUUUGAACCUAAAAAACCACCCAGAAAGAAGAGAAAGAAAAAGAAGUUUACUAGAAAAAUUUAG